GUCAACUCGCAACCGUUUGGUUCCGCUCCGUAUUUGUGCCGCUUUUAUCCGCAGCUUCUGUGUAUACUAUCGACAGACGUAAAUGUGUAAACGGAACAGUUUUGCUUCGGCUUCUUUGGUGACAGAGACUGGCCAAAGGCCCGGUGACCCACAUUCUUAUCUAAUGCUGCACGUUAGCUAGCUAGCUUCAGCUGAAAGUGGGUUGACACACAUACAGUACAUUGUUGCCGACGAGUCAAACGCGCUACCUUCUAUUAUAAAGUCGCGAGUCAGCGACGUACGAUACAGACAGGUGAAUUCGGACAAGUUUUAACUACAAGUUUUAACUAUAUUGAGGUGGAGGAGUUGGCGAAUUAAGCACCACUCAAAGACAAAAGACUCAGAUGUUGCUGCCAUGUGCCAGACUUACACCCUAAGCAGACGAAAGACACAGCACCCCGAGGAACUUUUAGCUAUUUUCUGCAGCCUGGUAAGAGAGACUUUGAGAGAAUAUCCUCCAAGACUCAUAAAAGCACACCCCUAUCACAGAGUGUCCACCUGUACUCUACCUUCACCCAGCAGCACCUUCCUCAUCCUCUCACAGAACUGGCUGUACUGUCAGUAAGGUUUAUUCACAAAUGUCUACCUCACGAUUAAAAGACCCCUCACCGACACUGCGACCCUGAACAGGAUACAAAAUGACCUCGAGCAUUGACCAGGAUGACAGUAGUAUUUUUGAUGGGUUAAUGGAAGAAGAUGAAAAGGACAAAGCAAAACGCGUGUCCCGUAACAAGUCUGAGAAGAAGCGCAGAGACCAGUUCAAUGUCCUCAUCAAGGAGUUGGGUACAAUGCUGCCGGGCAACACCCGGAAGAUGGACAAGUCCACUAUUUUGCAGAAAAGUAUCGACUUUCUGCACAAACACAAAGAAAUCGCAGCUCAGUCAGAGUCAACUGAGAUCAGACAAGACUGGAAACCUCCUUUUCUUAGUAAUGAAGAGUUCACUCAGCUGAUGUUGGAGGCGUUAGAUGGAUUUUUCCUUGCAAUUAUGGCUGAUGGGAAUAUAAUCUAUGUCUCUGAGAGUGUGACUUCCCUACUAGAACAUUUACCAUCUGAUCUUGUUGAUCAGAACUUGUUAAAUUUCUUGCCUGUGGGGGAGCAUUCAGAGGUGUACAAGGCUCUGUCCUCUCAUGUCAUGGAAGGAGAAACAUUGACACCUGAGUAUCUUAAAACAAAAAAUCAGCUAGAGUUCUGUUGCCACAUGCUCCGAGGGACAAUCGACCCCAAAGAGCCCCCCGUGUAUGAAUAUGUAAAGUUUAUUGGAAACUUCAAGUCCCUGAAUAAUGUGCCUAACUGUACCCGAAAUGGUUUCGAUGGAGUGAUCCAGCGAUCACUUCACUCUGCCUUUGAAGACAGAGUGUGUCUCAUAGCCACUGUGAGGCUAGCCAAGCCACAGUUUAUCAAGGAGAUGUGCACAGUAGAAGAGCCUAAUGAGGAAUUUACAUCCAGACAUAGCUUAGAGUGGAAAUUUCUCUUCCUGGACCACAGAGCUCCGCCCAUCAUAGGUUACCUCCCAUUUGAGGUCCUGGGUACAUCAGGAUAUGACUACUAUCAUGUAGAUGACCUUGAGACACUAGCCAAGUGUCACGAACACUUAAUGCAAUAUGGGAAAGGAAAGUCCUGCUACUACAGAUUCCUCACCAAAGGGCAGCAAUGGAUUUGGCUUCAGACCCAUUACUACAUUACUUAUCACCAGUGGAACUCCAGGCCAGAGUUCAUUGUCUGCACACACACGGUCGUAAGUUAUGCUGAAGUAAGAGCAGAACAGCGCAGAGAGCUGGGAAUUGAAGAAUCACCACCUCAAAUCACCGCUGAGAAGCAAUCCCAGGAUUCAGGCUCUGAGUCCCAGCUCAACACUUUCAGCUUGAAAGAGGCCUUAGAGCGAUUUGACCACAGUCGGACCCCAUCGGCCUCGUCUCGCAGCUCACGUAAAUCUUCCCACACGGCUGUGUCUGACCCAGCCUCAUCACAAAUGAAGCUUCAGGGAGAUAGGAGUACACCAGGUCGCCAGUCGGUCUCUGCUGUGGAGAUGACAUCACAACGGAGAUCAUCUAUCAGCAGUCAGCAGUCGAUGAGUUCCCAAAAUACAGGACAGAACGUGGCGUCAUCCAUGGUUUCACAACAACAGCCGCAGCAGCCACAACAGCAGCAACAGCAACAACAACAGCAGCAACAGCAACAAGUUCUGACCAACAACCAAUCAAUGGUCCAGUUCUCCAGCCAGUUAGAAGCCAUGCAGCACCUGAAAGAGCAGCUGGAGCAGAGGACCAGAAUGAUCGAGGCCAACAUUCAGCGGCAGCAGGAUGAGCUGCGGCAGAUCCAGGACGAGCUACAGAAGGUGCAGGGACAGAGUCUGCAGAUGUUCCUGCAGAAAGGGCCUGGAGGACUAAAUGUGAGCUCUGUACAGAUGGCCCAGGGGAAUGGUGGGCAGCAGGGGGGUACACUCAGCAUGCAGGGCCAGGUGGUUUCUGCAGGAUCUCUGCAAAACAGCAUACAGCAACAACAUGCUGUGCAGCCCCCAUCCCAGCAGCAAACACUCCUACGGGAACAGAACACAGCACUCUCGCAGCCUCAGAGGUCGUCGCACACAGUGCAGCCUCAACAGAAUCCACUGCCUGCAUCUCUCUACAACACGAUGAUGAUCCCUCAGCAAAGUCCUGCUAACGUGGUUCAGAUUGCCACAAGCCUGGCGCAGAAUACUGGACCCAACACUCCUGCUGUGGCAACAUUUGCACAGGACCGUUCGGCUCAGAUUAGGUUUCCUGCAGGCCCCCAGCUGCUCACCAAGCUAGUGACAGGGCAGAUGACAUGUGGGGCAGUUAUGGUCCCCACAACCAUGUUUAUGGGUCAAGUGGUGACGGCCUUUGCACCGCAGCAGGGCCAGACGCAGACAAUUAGCAUUUCCCAACAGGCUCCGCAGCAGCAACAGCAACAGGAGCAACAGAUUCAACCGCAGUCUCAGGUCACAGCCAUGCAGCAAGGGCAAGCUCCACUGACCCAGCAGCAAACACAGUUCCUACAGGCUCCUCGACUCCUUCAUGGAAACCAGUCCACCCAGCUGAUCCUGCAGGCAGCGUUCCCUUUGCAGCAGCAGGGUACCUUCACUGCAGCAGCCCAACAGCAGCAGCAACAGCAUCAAACACAGCAGAAGCAGUUACAACAAAAGCAGCAACAGCAGCUGGCUCCUCACAGAGCAGAUAGUUUGUCUGACCGCUCAGCGACACAGCCGCAGUAACUAGCCCAAGCCUAUCAGAAGUGCAGUUAGCCAAACUCAGGUGUGGUUGAUGGGAGUGUAAAGUGCAGUUCUGCUGAAAGUGCACCACUAAAACCUCAGAGGAUGAGAAGUGGACACUCUGUUGCUCUGCUUCUCUCACGCGAAUCUUGUGCUGUUUGCACUUCACUCCUGAGCCCAGAGUACACCAGAGAACCCGGGAUGGGGCUUGCUGUGGCAGCAGGUUUGGCUGUGGAAUGAAGCCUUCCCUCCAAGAAAACAGGGCCAUACAAGGCCUGCAAAAGACUCCCCCUUACGCCUCCCCUUGUGUCGUGUGUGUCUGUGUUUGGGUGUGUGUGUGUGCAGGCGCGCAUGUGUGCUCUAGUCACCCUCACAGGAUUAUUUCACAGUUCUCCCGUCAGUGCGGUGGAGAGCUUCACUUCGAGGACGUCCUACAAAACAACCAAUUGUUUGUUUUGUAUGUUUUUCUUGUAAAACUAAUUAUGGGUCAGAAAAUAUUUUUAAGAAUGUGGUGUAGAUUGAACUUUGACUGUACAGAAUAUCAUGUGUAAUAUAUACUGUAAAUAUACUGAAGAAUAACUAAUAUUUUAUAUGAUGCAUGAAAUGAAAUGCAUAGUCUGUUAUUUGCAGCUUUGAAUAUGCUUUUUUUCUAAUACUCAGAAAAAAAGACCUGAAAAUGCUUAGUGGCUGAUAUUUUCACAGACUUCCUUUCUCCUAGGGGAUGUUUGUUUGUGUGUCUGCAUCAGACAGUGCCGAUGCUGUUUGUUGUGUCACAGUUUGUUUAAUCCUUGACCCCUAUUUUCACACAACUUCACAAAAUUAUCGACAGAAUGAUAGAAAAAUACUUUAGUUUUUUUAAAGAUGUGCUCAAGCACUUAAGACUUGAAAUCAAUGUGUGAGAUUUGUGAAUAGAAUGGAGGCAACAUUAAGCUAAACAUAUGCAACAGUAAGAUCUGCUAACAUUAUCCUUCAUAUCAUCAUUUCUUAAUUUUUAGAACUUGAGAUCCCUCCAUUUCAUAGCCAUCCAUAUCGCCUGUGUUGGCACCCAAGGAUGCUUUAUUUCACCUGUAAACAUUUAUACUUUUAGAUGUAUGUAAAUAUAAAAUACUAACCCAUUAAAUACUUUAGUAAGAGACAUGAUCUAGUUUUAAGGCAUCUAACUGUUUUAGCUGGGCACGCAGAACAAAAAGCAUCCACUCUCUCCAGGACUUUCUGGGAGACACCAGUCAUCCUGUCAACCCGAUACAAAGAUCCCAUCCUAUUCCAUUAUACCCUUCUCUGAGCUCUGUGGAUUAUCGGGAGAAGCCAGUUGCUCUGCUUUUUGUAGCUGUGCUGAGUGGUCUGAGAUUGUCUUGUGAGAACUGCAGUAACGUUAUUUGGCCCCUUGAUGGCAGUGACAUGGAUAUAUUAUGGCUUUUUACAUUUAGAAAACAAACGUAUGAGUUACAUUUGGGAUUUCAUUUGCAACCUCUCUUCCGCAGACGAGGUGCUGAGCCAGUUCUACCAUUGUGCCUUUUGAGAACCAGCACACAUUUUGGCAGAGAAUCUAAUAUCAUGAAGUGUUCCCAGUAGAAGUAGGUGUUGUUUCUGUGGGAGGAAAAUUGAGGCUGUAUCUGACAGUGUCUUGGUGUAGACACUUAUGUCACUUUGGGUCCCAAUUUAAGGGGGCCUUUUUUUUUUUUUUUUUUUGUAAAACGGUGGAAAAACAUGUGAACCCAGCUCUACAUCAUGCACUGGUACCACCAAACCGUUGCUUUUCAGCUCCUUAACACUUGAUGGUAUUCAGCAGCUGGAUGCUAACAUCGUCUGCUGAUUGAUGCUUUGCAGGUAAUAUUUAUUUUUCUAAACUGCAGUUAUGGAUCGUAAAACAUUCAGAGUGAGGACAAUGCAAAGCCAGUAAUACUCUUUAGGUUCAGAACUGCAAGCACUUAAAUAUAAGCAGUCAUGUGAGCAACUGUCAUUGUAAUAACACUGAUUAAAGCUGCCUUAAGUUAAAAAAAAAAAAAAAGAUUUUUCAGGACACACUUAUAUAAUAUUAGGCCAAAUCCAGCAGUACCGGGAAGACGUUUUAAUUACCCAUUAAAUAUUUGCCAAAAGCUAAAAAGAACCUUGGAGUUCUACAGUCACAAUGGAAAGUUGGGGUAAGCCAGACUUUUAGUACACUCACCAUAAUUUGUAUCACUGAGCUAAAGAUGGCAUUGAGGGGAUCAGUGUUACUGUAGACGGAGACCAUCACCAGGAUCCCCAGCAGACUCAGCCCUACGUGGUCUGGCUUAGUAGGCUUGCUUUGCAGCCUCCUCACCAUCUGAUCUAAUGCACUGCCAGAUGGUAUGAAGCUGACAGUCCAACCUCCUCUUCAUCUGUGUGAAAUGAUGGGCUGAGCUCAACACAUGGCCACAAAGUCAGUCUUUGACAUCUGCUCCAAGAUAUCUUGUAAAACCGUGCACUCUUAUAUCAUCUCCCCAGUAUUAGAGUGUAGUGUUCACAAAGGGGAAACCCUACCCGAUAGCAUACGUUUAUUUAGAAAGUCAGUUUUGUUCUAGGCCACCUUGAAUCCAGCCAUUUUCAGAAGACGGAGUCAGUUGUACAGAGUGCUUCAAAGCACUGAAAAGUGAACAUUUUAUUCCACUGUUCCCAGUUUGUGCAGUACAGCAUAGAAAACCCAAGCAAGCAUAGAGUGUCAAUAAAAAGCGCCUCUACUCUUAUUUGCCGUUUACUGCUUGAGGAUAGAGGAGCCUAUCAUGGUUUGGCACAAGCAGCAGAUUUUCUUAAAGGUUGACGCUGCUCAGGUUGGAUUAGGCUGGGAGGAAAAUCAACUGUCACAUCAACAGCUACAGUUUCUACCACGAUAAUACCUCUGGGCACUUAUGAUUCUUCAGUCUAACUAGGCUGUUAAUGUCUGAAAGUUCAUUAUUCAAAACUUCAAAUACAUUUGGCCUUUUUCUUUGAAUUAUUUCUGUGACUUAUCGUUUAUCAUUGGCCACAUGUAAUUACCAUUUUCAUUAACCUUCAUACUGCAGAUAAGGCAGCUACUCUAUGGGACCAGAUGAAGAAUAUAGAUUUGUAUAUUUGUCUUGACUUGGAGAAACAAUGCUUCAAAGUAUCUUCCUUAUCUCACAAAUCACCUUUUUUUUUUUUAAACUUAAAAUGAUAACGGAACAAUAAUUUUACAAGAUUUAUCUGUAUCUGAUUUAGUAAGUUCCCUAAAUUACUGUCAAGUACAGAAAAGAGUGAAAGCGAAUGUACUGAAUGCACCUUUAUGAUCCCAGAUCCCACAAAUGAUGACAGAACCAUUCUGAGUUAAUUAUUCAGUCUGUUUCUUCAGCACAACUCUAAAUAAAUAAUAAAAUCCAAAUCCGGGA